UGGCAGCAGAGCAGCCAAAGCGUUCCCUAAGCGCACAGAAGAAGGCGUUGUUUACGUCCCUGAGACUUCCGGGUUGUCGUGUUUGAGCUGUGCUCAUUCAUUAAUGGAGAAUAGCAUGCGUUUACCUGUCCGCUGAUGGAGAAGCUUCUGUCCCAGCUCACCGACAAACAUGUGCUUUUCCCGGCCUCCCUGCUGCUCCGGCUGGCUUUGGUGGCUUAUGGAGACUACCAGGACAGGACCAUGGCGGUGAAGUACACGGAUAUAGACUACCAUGUGUUCACGGAUGCUGCCAGGUUCAUCACACAGGGUGAGUCUCCAUACAACAGGUCCACCUACCGCUACACCCCUCUGCUGGCCUGGCUUCUCACCCCUAACAUCUAUCUCUGCAUGGUGUUUGGGAAGAUCCUCUUCAUCCUAUGUGACGUGCUGUCAGGACUGCUCAUCUACAGAAUUCUCUGUUUGAGAGGUCUAGACCGCAAGACGGCAACCUAUGCGUGUUCCCUGUGGCUCCUCAACCCUCUGCCCAUGGGCGUGUCGAGUCGAGGGAAUGCAGAAUCCAUCCUGGCAGCUCUGGUGCUCGGGACGUUGCUUUGUAUGGAAGCCAGGCGUCUGGUGUGGGCCGCUGUGCUCUACGGCCUCGCUGUUCAUAUGAAGAUCUAUCCCAUAACGUAUGCCCUCCCCAUUGCCCUGUCCCUGAGAGCGCCAGAGGCGGGAGCAGCGGAAGGCGAACCAGCGCGGACAUGGAAGAAGCGUGUCGCGUUUAUCGCAAGCUUCCUCAGCCGUGAGCUGAUCCUCUUCGGAGUCGUGGCCGGAGGAGUUUUCUCCGCGCUCACAGCAACCUUCUACUACAUGUACGGCUGGCCGUUUCUUCAUGAGACCUACUUUUACCACCUGACCAGGAGGGACAUCAGGCACAACUUCUCCCCGUACUUCUACAUGCUCUACCUCACUGCAGACAGCAGGGGGAGCCAGUGGCUCGGCCUGGCAGCCUUUCUGCCGCAGCUCAUCCUGCUGUUGGUGGCAUCAUGGAGCUUUCACCGGGAUCUGGCCUUUGCCUGCUUCCUCAAUACGGCCAUCUUCGUCUCCUUCAACAAAGUUUGCACUUCACAGUACUUCCUGUGGUACCUGUGCUUGCUGCCUCUGGUCAUCCCACAUCUGGCUCUGUCCGUGAAGCAGGGGCUGGGCCUGCUGCUGCUCUGGUUUGCUGGACAGGCUCUCUGGCUGGCUCCUGCCUACUUCCUGGAGUUUGAAGGCUACAACACAUUCGUUGUGAUCUGGCUCGCCGGAUUGCUGUUCUUGAGCGUCAACUGCUUCAUCUUGAUCCAGAUCAUAACGCAUUACAAACCCAAACCCCCUUCGCAGAGGCCAAAGGUCCAGUGACGCUCCCUUGAGUUGAAACGGAAACAUUUCCAUGUAACUUUCCAGUAAAGGAGCGGGAGGCCAGUCGAGCAAAGAGGACGCAUCACUAAAAAAAAAAAAAGCGUUUGUGUUUUGCUCAGUCUCUCUCGGCCGUCUUUUUAAGUACUCUCUCUGCUGUAAUCUGAAUCAUGUUGUCAGAGAUCAGUCAUACAGCGUAUAAAAGCCGCAGAUGGAUCAUCAGUCAUCCUGACUUAAACCCUUGGAUUAAACGCUUACGUUGGCAGAGCAAAGCACUUAGAUUCACAGAGAUGCACAGAACGGAGACAAUUAUCACACCGCGUCGUGUUUCCUAAAAUCUUUAAAAUACCACGGCACAGCAGAAUUUCUUAACCUGCUGCUGAGCGCAAAAUCCAGAUUUGACAUGUUUCAGGGCUGAUUUUGAAUCCAAUUGGUGCUCGUCUAGACGAGAGUCACGUUUGCACCCCGUUGCUGUUGAGUCUGACUGUUUCCCCUUUCAGAAAGCUCGUUGCUGCAGGUCGUUUUGAGUUCUCGAACAAGGAGGAGUGGUGUGCAGAGCAGAUUAAGUUCAGGUAAAUCUGAGCUAAAUCAUGUCAUGCUGACCUGGAUUGUUAACCAUAAGCUGCGCUUUGCUUUUCCACGUCACUUUGAUAAUAUUCAGCUGAGAUGUGUCCAUGUUCCUUCUGCAAAAGCACGCAGUGGAGGCAGUGGAGCAGUUUCUAUCAACAAGCCAAAUGCUGGUUAAAACGAGCUUCGCUGCGGCUGCAGUGCACCGUGUUCACCGGUAGGCAGAGGGAUUUGCCAGCAGAACAGACCUCUGGAGCUUUGGAUGCUUGUGUAACCCGCGCAGAUUAAUCAGUCAACUGGAGCAUGAAAACGACUCAAAACAAACAGUGGUUCCCUUAAUCUCGCUUUACUCUCUCCUCCUAAUCUCACAUGGAAAUCAUCAAAGCGUUCACUUCAGUCCUGUUGAUCCUAAGUAUGUUUGUUGGUCCUGCAGCUUGGAACUGACACCAGCAGCAUGAAAUUACUAGAAAAUGAUACACAUACACAUUUAAAUGCUUGUCAUUUCGGGUGGUUUAGGGUUGAAUUUGUGGGUUUUGUUUUUUUUCUUCUUAAACAUUUAACCAAAAGGCUCGGUUUGUGUGUGUGAUCCGUGUUCGGGCUGACUCACGGUCAGCUGCGGCCUGAAUACCCGCUUUAUGAAUCACCGGCUUGCACCGAGUAACCUUUCAGCUGGCCAGCUGCCUCUGGGCCCAUGCGUAAACCAUUUCAUCCCACCACCGUCCCUUUGACUACCACAACAUUCUGGAGUUUAUUUUUAAAAUCUGUUGGCUACAACAAUGGCUGGGAACCUUCUCUCCUCCAACUGUUGUUAUAUUUUCUAAAUAGGAUGUGGCGCUCUCCGUCACUUAACUGAGAAGUCCUGAGUUUGGAAAAAUCCACUGGAGUCCACCCAGAAACCCACUCCUAGAUGCAAAAUCCAUUAUGGCCUCCUCACGGUGACCCGUGUUUUCCACAAAACACCGCUGGUGUGCUCCUAAAGUCACAGAUUCUGUGUUGUUGAGCUCUGCAACAUGCUGAGAAACACUUAGAUUGACUUCAUUGCUAACUAUAGUUAGCCCUAUCUCUGAGCACAUCCAUUAGCAAAUCCUGCUGGAUUACCAGAACAUGAUUUAGUCGGGCGUUAUCUUGAAGUCCCAAUUUCAUUUUGGGCUUAGCCUCGCUCUGAUUUGCUCGAAGGUCCGCCCGGCUUUUUCUCUGAAGCCGUUAACUAGUUAUUGUCUCCGGGUAAGAUGCUAACUACUCAGAACCUUAGCAGGACCAUACUUCAUUGACAUUCGAAAUAACUUUUAAAACCAGUGGAUUGACCGUGUCUAAAACUGUAUUGCUCUUAAAGGAUAAAUAAUUUUGUAUCAGCUCAGAAGGCACCAAAAAGCCAGUGUCAUUAAAUCACCUUUGACAUAGAAACCCUUUAAUGAACACUCAAGCAGCUUAUAGGCAUUAAGGGAAGAUGCUUUGUUGUCCUUCAUUAGCUAAUUGAGGUCAGCAAACAAAGAGUUGACAUCUUUUUGUCCUUAGGCUUACUUGCUCACAUAUCUUACUGAUUUAUUUAAAUUUGAAAUGUCCAACUGGUGUUAUUCUUUCCUUUCAAAGCAUCUUUUUAAUUAAAUAUAUUUUUAAAUAUUGAUUUUGUCUUGCAGUCUGUAAAGAAAGGCUUUAAUCUUAAUUUUCUGAGUGUUUUAAGUGUUUAUAAAGUCUGUCCAUAUGUUGUAAAACGUAUCCGAAUCACUAGAAAUGUUGCCAUGCAACCACAAACUUCUAUGCAAUUCUUUGGGAUUUUUACCUAAUAGACCAACAUGGAGAGGUAUGUGAUUAUGUAGUGGGUAGAGGAGGAGACAUGGUUUUCCUUUUUUUUUCUCUUUUUUUUUUUUUUUUUUUACUGAAGAUUGGAAAGUUUGAGUUGAUUUGUAUUCAGCUUUCUUAAGUCUGAUAUCUUUAAAUAAAGUUCUGUGAAGCCAACUGCUGUCAGAAGUCACAUAA